AUGCGACAACACGCCUUUCUCUUGACCGCCUCUUUGCUCUCUUUGUGCGAUGGCAGCAGCAGCAGCAACAGCUUUAUCGAGUUUCGCUCAGUGAACGGGCAACUGGAGGCGAACAACCAGUCGUUCUACAUCAAAGGCAUCAACUGGUUUGGUGGUGAAACUAUCGAACGGGUGGUCCAAGGGUUAUGGCCCUCUGCCACGUCGAUUGGGGAUGCCAUGGACCUGUUUGCCAGCUCGGAUAUCAACGCGCUGCGUCUGCCAUUAGCCAUGGAUUCGGUGAUGAAGGAUCCUGUGGUCGCAACGUCGCAGACGGAGGGCACGCCAGCACUGGCUGGAAAGACGUACUUAGAGGUGCUUGAUAGCAUCGUGCGAGAAGCACGCGACCGCAACAUCCUCAUCAUGUUCGACAGUCAUCGGAUUGAAGCGGCUGAAGCGAAUUUUCCAGAUAUUGCAGUGCCAAGUGAUAUUGUGCCGGCUCUGGAGAAGCUGGCAACGAGAUACUGUGACGACCCUGGGGCUUGGAAUGUCUUUGCGAUUGACAUUAAGAACGAACCAAAGGGCAAAGCGUCGUGGGGAAAAGGCGAUCAGGGCACGGACUGGAACUUGCACGCCGCGAAGAUUGGCAACGCAGUGUUGAAAGCGUGUCCUCGGCUUUUGGUUUUUGUGCAGGGAGUGCAGACGAAUGUGAAAGGGGUAAGCUUAGAGUGGGGACAAGCAGGAGGGUCGUUACAAGGAGCAAAGAACUUCCCCGUCAAGUUGAGCAACAUGGAGAGAUUGGUGUACAGUCCGCACUUGAUUUCACCGGCGAUUGACUUCAAGGCACCGUGGUGGAGCGACUCAAGCUUUCCGGACAACAUGCCUGACCUAUGGGAUUCGUAUUUCGGCUUCAUUCCCAAGGAAACGGGUCAAGCGGUUGUUGUAGGGUCUUGGGGAGCUCAAAUGAAGGAUAAGGACGAGAAAUGGGCAAACGCGGUUUCCGCCUACUUAGAGAAAAACGCGAUAGGGUCGUUCUACUGGGCUUUCAAUCCUCAGUCUGCUGACAUUGGUGGCUUUGUGAAGGACGAUUGGGUCACACCAGUCGACGAGCGCGUGGCAUUGCUGAAGAAACUGCCGGCGAUCAGUGUUGACAAAAUUGUGGCCGUCUACGCAAAAUGUAGCGGGGGCUGCAUUGGAAACGGUGACUGCAAAGAUGGGAAAUGCAUUUGCUACGCUGGCUGGAGUGGGCCUCAGUGUGAGAUUUGCCCUGAGGGUGAUACGUUAGCAUGUAACGACAUGGGGACUUGUCUGAGAAACAGUACGUGCGCAUGCGAUGACGAUGUAGACGGGAAGUAUUGUGCUGGCGCCGAGUGCGAUGAGGUUGACUGCGGCAGUGGACCUAAUGCCGACUGCUUCAAUGGUAUGUGCACUUGCAUCUAUAACUGCGCUGGAAGUUCCUGUGCUAUCUGUGCGGCAAACGAAUCUGCGCUGGUUAGUGCUGUUAAUGGAGCGACGGUUCUCUGUGACGCUUGUGACGCGAAUGAAGAUUCUUCUGCAUCGGCCAUCUCUGUCUCGACGCUCGGAGCUGCUAUGAGUUUUUUCUGCUUUGCUUAUUUUCAUUGA